AUGUUGUUUACCGUAAGCUGUAGUAAAAUGAGCUCGAUUGUUGACAGAGAAGAUGGUAGUAUUUUUGAUGGGUUGGUGGAAGAAGAUGACAAGGACAAAGCAAAAAGAGUAUCUAGAAACAAAUCUGAAAAGAAACGUAGAGAUCAAUUUAAUGUUCUCAUUAAAGAACUGGGAUCCAUGCUUCCUGGUAAUGCUAGGAAGAUGGACAAAUCUACUGUUCUGCAGAAGAGCAUUGAUUUUUUACGAAAACAUAAAGAAAUCACUGCACAGUCAGAUGCCAGUGAAAUUCGACAGGACUGGAAACCUACAUUCCUUAGUAAUGAAGAAUUUACACAAUUAAUGUUAGAGGCUCUUGAUGGUUUUUUUUUAGCAAUCAUGACAGAUGGAAGCAUAAUAUAUGUGUCUGAGAGUAUAACUUCAUUACUUGAACAUUUACCAUCUGAUCUUGUGGAUCAAAGUAUAUUUAAUUUUAUCCCAGAGGGGGAACAUUCAGAGGUUUAUAAAAUACUCUCUGCGCAUCUGCUGGAAAGUGAUUCAUUAACCCCUGAAUAUUUAAAAUCAAAAAAUCAGUUAGAAUUCUGUUGUCAUAUGCUUCGAGGAACAAUAGACCCAAAGGAGCCGUCUACCUAUGAAUAUGUAAAAUUCAUAGGAAAUUUCAAAUCUUUAAACAGUGUAUCCACUUCAGCACACAAUGGUUUUGAAGGAACUAUACAACGCACACACAGACCUUCUUAUGAUGAUAGAGUUUGUUUUGUAGCUACUGUGAGGUUAGCUACACCUCAAUUCAUCAAGGAAAUGUGCACUGUUGAAGAACCUAAUGAAGAGUUUACAUCUAGACAUAGUUUAGAAUGGAAGUUCCUAUUUCUAGAUCACAGGGCACCACCUAUAAUAGGAUAUUUGCCAUUUGAAGUUCUGGGAACAUCAGGCUAUGAUUACUAUCAUGUGGAUGACCUAGAAAAUUUGGCAAAGUGUCAUGAGCACUUAAUGCAAUAUGGGAAAGGCAAAUCAUGUUAUUAUAGGUUCCUCACCAAGGGACAACAGUGGAUUUGGCUUCAGACUCAUUAUUACAUCACUUAUCAUCAGUGGAAUUCAAGGCCAGAGUUUAUUGUUUGUACUCACACUGUAGUAAGUUAUGCAGAAGUUAGGGCUGAAAGACGACGAGAACUUGGCAUUGAAGAGUCUCUUCCUGAGACAGCUGCUGACAAAAGCCAAGAUUCUGGGUCUGAUAAUCGUAUAAACACAGUCAGUCUCAAGGAAGCUUUGGAAAGGUUUGAUCACAGCCCAACACCUUCUGCUUCCUCCCGGAGUUCAAGAAAAUCAUCUCACACGGCAGUCUCAGACCCUUCCUCAACACCAACAAAGAUCCCAACGGACACUAGCACUCCUCCCAGACCACAUUUACCAGCUCAUGAAAAGAUGGCGCCAAGGAGGGCAUCAUUUAGUAGUCAGUCCAUAAAUUCCCAGUCUGUUGGUCAAUUGUUAACACAGCCAGUGAUGUCUCAAGCUGCAAAUUUACCAAUUCCACAAGGCAUGUCCCAGUUUCAGUUUUCAGCUCAAUUAGGAGCCAUGCAGCAUCUAAAAGACCAAUUAGAGCAACGGACACGGAUGAUAGAGGCAAAUAUUCAUCGACAACAAGAAGAACUAAGAAAAAUUCAAGAACAACUUCAAAUGGUCCAUGGUCAAGGGCUGCAGAUGUUUUUACAACAGUCAACCCCUGGUUUGAGUUUUGGUUCUGUUCAACUUUCUUCUGGAAAUUCAUCUAACAUCCAGCAACUCACACCUAUAAAUAUGCAGGGACAGGUCGUUCAAACUAACCAAAUUCAAAGUGGAAUGAAUACUGGACACAUUGGCACAACUCAGCAUAUGAUACCACAGCAGACUUUACAGAGUACAUCAAGUCAGCAGAGUCAACAAAAUGUACUGAGUGGGCACAGUCAACAAACAUCUCUUCCCAGUCAGACACAGAGCACUCUCACAGCCCCACUGUAUAACACUAUGGUGAUCUCGCAGCCGGCAGCUGGAAGCAUGGUCCAGAUUCCGUCUAGCAUGCCACAGAACAGUACCCAGAGUGCUGCAGUAACUACGUUCACUCAGGACAGACAGAUCAGAUUUUCUCAAGGUCAGCAACUUGUGACCAAAUUAGUAACUGCUCCUGUAGCUUGUGGGGCGGUCAUGGUACCUAGCACAAUGCUCAUGGGUCCGGUGGUGACCGCCUACCCUACCUUUGCCCCGCAACAGCAGCCGUCCCAGGCACCGUCAGUCACGCGGCCGCCGCAGAGCUCCCGGGAACAGCAGCUCCCUUCAGUUCAGCAGCCGCCUCAGGCUCCGCUGACCCAGCCACCGCAGCAGUUUCUGCAGACUUCAAGGUUGCUCCACGGGAAUCCUUCAACUCCGCUUAUCCUCUCUGCUGCCUUCCCACUACAACAGAGCACUUUCUCUCAGUCACAUCACCAGCACCACCAGUCUCCGCAACAGCAGCAGCUGAGUCGGCCCAGGACUGACAGUUUGACCGAUCCUUCCAAGGUUCAACCACAGUAGCACACACGACUCCUCUCUGACCUCAGGGGAGGUAGGGGUUGUCCA